CAGGACCAGCUGUACCGCGUGCUGCUGCAGCUGGCCGACCUGCCGUCCGGCCCCCCGGGUCUGCGGGGCGCUGCGUGGCGGCUGCUGCAGCAGCUGCCCACCUGCCGCUGGGUGCCGGGGGGGCUGCUGGCGGCGGCGCUGGCGGCAGGGGGGGAGCAGCAAGGGGGGCAGCAGGCGCUCAGGAGGCAGCUGAUGGGAGGGGAGGCGGAGGAGGCGGCAGGAGGAGCAGGGGGGGUGGCGAGGCCGGCCCUGCUGCUGUACUCGCUGCAGGCGCUGUACGCGCUGAUGCAGCCCUCCUACCCGCCCGAGCUUCUACCCCUGGUCUACAAACCCUGGCAGCAGCCGCAACAGCAGCAACAGCAGCAGGGGGGCCCGGGUGACCCGCCCGACUUGGCACCCACACACCACCCGGACAUGCAACCACAACCCCAGCAACCCCAGCAGCCACCUCCGGAUCCCAUGGACGCCUCCACCACCUCCUCCCUGGACUGCUGGUGGCAGGUGGCUGCGGGGGGUGGGGCUGCGGAGCGGCUGCUGCCGGUGCUGGCGCGCUGCGUGCCGCUGCUGGCGGAGCUGGCGGAGCGGGUCAUGCA